UUAGGCUUUCUGCUCUCCUGCUGCCAGCCAAAAAACAGAAACCGACCCCCGACCAGGACUCACGGACAAAACUCUAGCGUUUCAAACUCAACCCCCUUUCGUAAAACCCAACCAACCUGUAGAGUGCCAGUGUUAAGGAAGGUAGGGUGUUGGCGUGCUGUGUGGAGGAAAGUCGCUGUUUCUGUCUCACAUAUCCGCCUUCUUGAGAUAAAUUUCCUCGUUUUAUACGCCCUAAACACAACUCGUGGGAGGUAAACAGACUCAAGCGUGAAGAUGGCAAAGAUCUGUGCUUUGGUGUUGAUGACACUUGUGUCGGUGGGGUUCGCAGAAGAAGCAAAAAUGGAAGAGGAUCCAUUUACCUUCGACUACCACCAACUGCGUGUCGGAGGUCUGAUUCUUGCUGCUGUCCUCUGUCUCAUUGGCAUCACCAUCCUGUUCAGUGGCCACUGCAGGUGCAAGUUCAACCAGGACAAGAGAGCGAGGACAGGAAGCAAUGCUCAGCAGAUGCUUGCCGACCAAGGUCGUUCCUGCGAAUGCUAGAUGUCGACUGCGCACACCGACUUCCCAUACCUGCAACCAUCAGAUAACACGGAGGGUGAGAAGCGGGAUUUGACACAUCCAACGAAAGGCUUUUGUUUCACUGUUAGAGAGCAACAGAGAGUAGUCUGUGUACGGCUGUGAGGUGUGAUGCUUUCUGCCUUACAACUGAGCUACUGAUCUGCAACAUGCACCUUCAUUCACACACACUCUAUACACACAAUGUUUCACUUUCAUUUCAAUCUACAGAACAAUUGAUUUAGAAAUUGAAAAGGCUAUGACACAAAUAAACUGUCAAAUGAAUCUGGUUGAUUAAGCUGAAAGUGACCUCAUACAACCGUUAAACUAUUUUACCAAAAGAUUCCUUAAGUGUCCACAUGCUGUAGUUCUCUACUGCUGUCUACUCUGUGUGUAAGGUCAAACAUCGAUGUAGACAUUAGUCGCUUAUUGUGCCCAACCUAACACUCUGUCCAUGCUUUCAUGUCACAUAUAUUAAAUCCACAUAUUCAUGAGUGUGUAAAAUGUUGUUGAUUAAUCAUAAUAAUCAGUUAAUUCCCAUGUUUAGCUUUAUGAAAGAGAGUAGUGGAUUGUACUGUUCAGGAAUACAGAAAAACUCUGUCAUGUUUCUAUAAAAGAACGUUGAAACAAACAA